CUUUGGUGGGGGUUGUGUCAGUUCGAUGAUGCAGUUCAUUGUUCUCAGAAAUAAAUGAUUUAUAACGCCAGAAUUUUGAAAACUGUUUUAGGUCAUUCAGCGCUUAACGUUUGACAUUUUUAUGUGAUAUUUUUAAUGAGGGUAAACGAGUUAUUAAUUUGCCAUGAUCGGCGAGUGACUUUGUAGAUAUAGAGGAACGCCAGGAGUUUCAUCACAACAACCACGCAGUACUUUAGGUGAUUGGUGGGAUGAUACCUCAUGCAGGACCAUGUUGACACCUCUCCACCCAUUGUACUGUGUGGAAAUGGAGUUCAAACUGCAGCAUGGAUAGCCUGCAAGUGUCCCAGAGCCAGCCACAGCCACAGUCCCAGCAGGGGGGCAGGGCGACGACUACCAGCAGCCGGAGUGCGUCGCCCUCUCUAGCCCGGGUCCUGCAGCAGCAACAUGCAUCCAUUGGCAGUGACAGUGGCAGAGAUGUGACAAUGAGCAGCUCAAUUAAAGGCAGGCGCCGCUCGCCAGUGGCUGCGAGUGGUACUGGCAGUGGAAGCACUCGCCGUGGAGGUUCUGACGGGGGUAUGCCUGCUGCUGCAGCUGCAGUGGGUGCAAGCACCAGCCCACAACCUUUUGCAGUUACAUCUGAUGAUACGUCAGCUGCCCUGACACCAUCUCAUCACCAUGAUGAGGAGACGGAGCUGUACCAUCCCUCUACAUCAAUGUUAUCCAAUGGUUCAUCAGAACAUGUAACAGCAGCACUGUCAGGUGAUGAAGUUGAUGGGCAUAGUAUGUCUGAUCUCUCAAGAACAAGAGCUGCCAUUGAACACAUGCAGUCCAAGAUUGGUCGGACAAAGGAAAUGAUUCGUGAUGAACAAACAACGCGAGAUGACAAUGUAAAUGAAUAUUUGAAACUAGCUGCCAAUGCUGAUAAGCACCAGCUACCAAGAAUCAAGGCAGUCUUUGAGAAGAAGAAUCAGAAAUCAGCUCAGUCCAUUUCACAACUGCAGAAAAAGUUGGAAAGUUAUAAUAAAAGACUUCGAGAACUAGAGACACAUGGUCUUUCCAGCUCUCAUAGGCAGCCACGGGAGGUGCUGCGUGACAUGGGGCAGGGACUGAAAAAUGUUGGUGGCAACAUUCGUGAUGGUAUCACAGGGUUUUCAGGAACUGUAAUGUCGAAACCAAGAGAAUUUGCACAUCUUAUUAAAAACAAAUUUGGAAGUGCGGAUAAUAUUAACCAGCUAGCACGAAAUGGUGACGGGAGCUCAGUGGAGGAUGAGAAAGCACACCAUGGGAGUGCAACUCUACCUGGUGGAUGCAGUUUAACAUCCACACAUGCCUCAUCAUUGCGGUUUCCGUCAGAUGAAAAUUCAGAGUGCAGCUCUGUGACCAGUGAGAGCUUACCUGCAGGAGGUGGCCACCAGUUGCCACAGUCUCCUCCUCCCCAUCAGCCUGCAGCACACCACACUCCUCAGGUUUCAUUUUCUAAUCUGGAAUCUAUCCUACAAGAGCUACAUGAGCGUGGCGAAGACUGUGAGCGGCUUCGUGAAGAGCUGGAAACAUUGAAGCAGUCACUGCAGCAGGAGGUGAGUUUCCUGAGCCAGGCAUUGACAGAGGAACGCUUCCGCAGUGAGCGUCUGGAGGAGCAAGUCAACGACCUCACUGAGCUGCACCAGAAUGAAGUGGAGAACCUGAAACAGGCGCUGGCUGACAUGGAGGAGAAGGUGCAAUACCAGAGUGAAGAACGACUCCGUGACAUCCACGACAUGCUAGACAGCUGCCAAACAAAGAUCUCAAAGAUGGAACACCAGCAGCAGCAGCAACAGCAAUAUGUGACGCUCGAAGGACUGGACAACUCAAAUGCUCGGGCACUUGCAGUGAAGCUUAUCAAUGUACUGCUGACUGUCUUACAGGUCAUUCUCCUUCUGGUUGCAACAGCUGCUGGCAUUGUCAUGCCAUUUUUGCGCACACGUUUACGCAUCCUGACAACAAUUAUUUUAGUUGGUGGAGUGGUGUUCGUACUGAAGCAGUGGCCAGAACUAAGGGAUGUCGGUAGCCAUCUGAUACGUCACUGGAAAGAAGCUUUGUCUGUGAAAUAGGAGAUUUAAAACCAGCAGCACCUCACUUGCUGCUUUUCGCCCUCACUGGUGCUACGAUGGAGGAUUGUCGAUGUUUGCAUCUGGACAGUCAGAGGAAUAGUACUGCAUUGCAUCACACUAUGCUUGCUUAGUUUGAAGAGUCUGGCUGUUUGUGUGACUGAGUGUACAUACUAUAUUUUUGUGUGUCAUUAUGUAAAGAUAUGCACAUUUUUAAGAAUUUUUAAUUAUUCUUUAGUGUGUGUGUGUGUGUGUGUGUGUGUGUGUGUGUGUGUGUGUGAACCAUUGAAAUUGAUCUCCUAUAAUUUUCUAUAGUAUUUGCAGUGGAAGCUGAAUUGUUUUCAUGUGGUCACUUGGCAGUCAGCAAAAGUGAACAUUCAGAUAAAUGAAGAGUAUUAAAAGCAGUCUUUCAGUUUAAAGCAAUGUGAUAAAUAAUACAAUGGCUUUCUCUGUAUAAGUGAAUCUCGUUAAAUAAGUUUAACACUUUAUGCAGUAAAAAUUACACAAAGCACAUUCUGUUGCUAUUGCUACACCUUCAGUGAAUGAAGUUUUAAAAGCUUAAAAGGUAUUUAAGUAGUGAAACCAGAUUGAUUGUAAAACGUGUUCAAUUAUUUAAAUAUUUAUCUGUGUAUUUUUUAUUUAGUUAUUAUACUCUACUUAGAAAAUAUAUGAUUCUUGAUAGUGUGUGUGUGUGUGUGUGUGUGUGUGUGUGUGUGUGUGUGUGCGCGCGCGUGCGUGCGUGCGUGCGCGCGCAUGUGUGUGCGUGCGUGCGUGCGAGAGAGAGAGAGAGAGAGAGAGAGAGAGAGAGAGAGAUGAGAGAGAGAGUUGUGUGUGUUUGGUGUGUGAGAAUAUUUUAGAACUUUAUUGCACAUACUAUUUAAAUGUCUUGUCUUAAAUUUGGUGGAACCCUUCUGCCCCACCCCUCCAGCUCCCUUGGGCCUCUGUAGGCAUUUGGAAUUGCUUCAGUAGCAUCACUGGCUGUGAAUUUUCUGUGACUUGUAUUUUGGUGGCCCUUGCACAUAACUAGUUUGGAAGACAUAUGAUAUAUCUGUAUCAUGGCAUAAAGUGUUAAGUGUUUAAUAUAUUAUACUCCCUGUUUGCUUUGUUGUGUAAAGGAAUAGUUGUCUAUCAAACAUGUGCUAUCUCAGAUUUUCAGACUUCAUCCAACACUGUAUUUUUGUUAAGAUAUUGGUACUUGUAACAUCAACUGGCUGACUUCAAUUUUUGUGUUUCUUUUAUAAUAGUGUUGAGAGAUUCUGUUACUUCUGAGUUAUGGAUAAAAGAAUGAAUCAUUGCCAGUAAGUGCUUGAAAAUUCUGGAAUUGAUACACUAUAAUUCAAACAUAAAUAUAUUUUCAUUGAAGUGGAAUCAGGAUACAGCUUAUGGCAGCACAUUAAGAGAGAAAUUUUUUAAUUUGGGGAACUGAUCCAUCUCUUCCUGUUAAAUUAAGAAAAGGAAGGAAAAAUGUGCAAAAUGAAAAAUGACUGCAUUAGCAUCAUGCUAAACUAUUUUCCUUUCUUAUUUCUCCUUAUUAGCUGAGAUUUUUAAAGUAUGAUCCAUCUCUUCCUGUUAAAUUAAGAAAAGGAAGGAAAAAUGUGCAAAAUGAAAAAUGACUGCAUUAGCAUCAUGCUAAACUAUUUUCCUUUCUUAUUUCUCCUUAUUAGCUGAGAUUUUUAAAGUAUGCUAUACACGUCCAUGUUAUGAUUUUAGUUUUUGAUGAUUACUGAUAUUUUGUAAAAGUCAAUGUUUGUUAAUCUUUAAAUAAUUUCUUGUUUUAUGGGCCCUGUUGCCCACAAAUAAACCGUUAUUUGUAUUAUUUGUCUGGCUAGGCAUGUCUUAUGCUUCUCUAAAAAGGCACUGUUUUCAUUUAUACAUUUGGAAAAUUGUUAAGGAUUAAUAAAGACCACUACAGUGCAGGUAGUUAACAAACAAUAUGGUAUACCUAACUAAAUAAGUCUACAGAUUUUCUGAACUUAGAGGUGAUCAAAAUUGGAAAGUUAUGACAGUAUUAUUUUGUUCAUCUCAGUUUCCAUUGAAACAUGUAUGGUUUACAUAAAGUGUAUUUUGUAUUGUAGUAAUUUAGAUGCACAUAUUAAUGAAACUGUAUGUCCCCACUUUAUUUAAAAGCAUUUAACCAUGUAUAUCAACAUUAUACAUUUCUACCAAAGAAUAAGUCAUGAAAGCAAGUUGCUCAAAAAAGUUUUAGACUAACGCACAUUUUAAACAUUUUAUUAAGGGUAGAAUACAGGCAUUUUAAUACCCCUACCCCAUGGAGCUUGGUGCUGAAUAAACAGACAAAUCACAGAUGCCUCAUAAAAUAUACCGGUUUGAUUGACUACGCUCUCUGUUGGCACGGUGAGGAGCAACUCUCGCUCUGGUAUCUUCAACAAAUUUCCAUGAAAUUGUUUUCUGUGAAUUAAGUUGUAGUGUUGAGUUGUUUAGCUGGUGUACGGGCAGUAGCAAAGCAGGAAUUGUACUUUUAUGUCACAAAUAAAUCAAGAAUAACAGGGUAAGUUAUGUGGAUGAUGGAGAAGAGAUCUCCUAAGUAUGGAUUGAUUUUUAGGUUUGUAGUCUUUAAGACCAAUUACCUGUCCUUAGCACAUCCAGUAUUUUUCAUAACAUUGAGAAAUUGCUUCAGAAAUACUCACCUAAUAAAUUUCCUUAAAUUGUAUUGACAAAAACAGUAUCAAGUUUGCUUCUGAAAAAUGCAGAGAGAAAUGCAGCUGUAUGACUUAAAAGCAUAAAGCAAGAUAAAAAUAUAUUAACGGCUUUGGAACUCCAUGGCAUACAUUGAAUUCUAAAUGGAAAAAUUGAAUGAAGAGACCUAAUCUUGAUUCAUUAAUGUAAAUAAACAACGUAACUGCAUCAGUCUCUCACAGGCAGUCUGCCAGAACUAAACUGAAAGAGGAAAAAAGGUACAUGAAUACCAGUUUCUGUAAAUGCAGUGCAAAAUACAUGCAUUGUGUGACUAUUCAGUUAUCACUGAUAUAAAUAUUUUAUCCGUCUGUUUCAUAAUGUUUCAGGAUUUUGAUACUGUAUUUAAAAUGUAUAUAUUUGGCUAGCAAAUGUUGCUCAUGACAUUUUAUGAAAUUGUGUGUUGGCAGGUGGGGAAAAUAAAAGAGUUCCUCUUAUCAGUCUGAUUUCUUACGUAUGAUAGAACGAAAGAACAAGACCAUUUACCACCCCUCCCUUCCCCAGUAUUUUUGUGUUUGAUUAAAGUUUGUCUGUGUUUGUACAAGUACACUGUAGUUUGGUACGCUACUAAACUUCGUCCAAUUUCAGAACAUAUUUCAGUAACACUUUUAUGUCACCAACCACAUUUGGUUGGUUUUAUUAACUGAAAAGUUUAGAUAUUAGUUUGAAUAACCAGUAUAUUUUUCAAAUCUUUAAUUUUGUGGUCUUUCUGCUAUCAAAGCCUCUCAAAUUACUUUAGAAGGUUUCAGAAAUAUUUGAUACUGUGAGUGUGUUGGGGAAAACUAAAUGAUUUAUUGCAGCUUAGUUUUCAGAAGAAAAGAUAAUAGUAGUAAUAUAGGUUCCAGAUUGGGGUAAUUGAUUCAAACAGAUAAUUAAAAUUUCAGUUUGAUUAUGUAAUUUCUUCAUGCAACAUGUCUGUAAAAAAAAGAAAAGAAAAAAAUUUAGCUUUAUUGGUUGUGCAUUUCAGAGCACUAGAUCAGUAGUACAGUAUUACCUGCUUAUGCCAUCUUAAGUUACAGACUUCAUCAAAUUUCAUUUUAACUGCUCUGUUGUUUAUUGUAAUUGUGUUUUUACUAUUAUCAUUGUUGUUAUUGUUUUGUGGCAUUAUUCCUGUUAUUUUGUGCAACAUGUCAUACAGACCUUAGGCAAACUUCCUCCCACACAGUCUUCAUAAUACUAGCAUGCUUCCCAGUGAAUAUGUGUGUGUGUGUGUGUGUGUGUGUGUGUGUGUUUUCCAAUUUUUCUCAACUAAAAGUAUUUAGAGCCUCACUUUAAAAAGAAAACUUUCCAGUCUGCUGUUAAUUUCAAUUAUUCACAUAAAACUAAGAGAUUUACCUUAAUUUUUAUGAGGAUUACAAUACAGAAUCUGAUGUAUUUUUGCAUCUUAUCUUCAUACAGUGGAUAUAUUAUGCAAUUAAUUAAAUUACAGUGGUGCAUUAAAUGGUUUAUGUUAGAAUUAUAGACUUUUCAGGCUGGUAUUGUGCUGUGUGCAGUGUCCAGUGUGAAAUUGAACUAAUUUCAGUUACACAAGGAGGCAUGUUGGAACAUUUACUAUAAUUGUAGUCAUCAUAAUGUCAACUGUGUCAGUGUGCAUAAGGAAAUGCCUGUCUUUAACUUCAUUCAUAUUUCUUCUACAGUUCAUUUUGAUAUGCAGUCCAAAAGCAUCAUAUUGUGAUCCCUUUCAACAGGCAAAGAUUUAGUUAUAUAUUGAUACAUUAUUUCAAAUUAAAAAAAAAAAAAAUUAAAAUCACUUGACAAUUUUAAAUACCAGUGAAACAUAAUUUCAUAUGUAGUUUUGCCUUUUUUCUUAAUCUUGUCAAGAUAUUUUGGCCACUCUAUACUGCAGUAUGAUGUAUUGGAAAAAUAAGAAUUUCCACCUGAUAAAUGUUCUGACAAAUAUAAAUGUUGUUAUUUUUUCCUUUUUUUGUAUUAUACUAUCAUUAAAUGACGUAUUUCUUUACUCAUGGAAUUGAUGCCUUAAAAUCACGUUUCAACACUUGCUACUGUGUAGCAGUUAUUUAUUUACUGGAACUGCUAGUUUUAAAUUUAUAUAAACUAAAUGUUAUACAACACUUUUCUUAUUUGUUAGUGUGUAAAACUGUAUAAAUGUGCUUUCAAUAUCAACAGAAAUUGUAAAAUGUCAGAAGAAAAAACAUGGGCCAUAGUGAUGGGGUGCACUUCAUGAGCACCCUUUAAUACUUGUUUCUGAUCCAUGCUACAAUUUCACAUUAGUAUCUGUAGACAGAUACUUUUUCCCCCUCUCGCUAAAUAUUGUUCUGCUCUCUGCCUCCUCACGCAGCCCUGCUCCGCCCCCCCCCCCCCCCCCAAAUCUUUCAGUCCACCUUCCCUUUUGUUCCCUUCCCUUGAUGUGUUUGAUAAUUUUGUUCUUUCUAGGUGUAAGACAAGUCAUUUUAUAUUUUUCUUAUUUUAUUUAUAAACCCAUUUUUAUGUGUUUGUAAGUAAGAAUAAUUUAGAAGUCAGUGUUGCAAGAUGCAAUUUCUAACACAUAUGCAUCAUUUCUUUUCGGAAUUAUAACUUGGUUACAGAUUUAUUGUAUUCACUGUCAACGGAACACAAAAAUCAGUUUUAGUUGUAGAAAAAGGCACCUAUACUGAUGCUACAGCCCAGAAAAAUUUUUUAUGCCUUCUAAUUUAUUGUGACAAAUUGAAAAUAGAAAAAUAAAAUGCUAAUGCACCUUGUACGGCAAACAUGCUUUUAUAUAUUUUUAUAUUCAGGGGCUGUACUGUGGCUAAACACAAAAUGUUGUAAGAUUGGGUGAUGUGUUAUAUAAUAUCUCAAGACCUACAUUGUGGAUAUGUAUAAAACUGAAACCUGUAGGAAAAAAUAACAUUGUCAUUAUUA